AUGGCCACCGAAGCUCCCGGCUAUACGACCCGAUUUAUCGUCUCCCUUUCAACCCGACAACCCGAUUGCCCUGCUCCGUUUCGGAAGCUGCUAUAUUCCCUCGGAACGGGUCAGUCCUCCCCCCGACUCUCUCUCUCUCGCCCAAAACCACUACCAUUGAAGAUUGCAAGUGUUGUAGCAAUGAGUGAUGCAAUUGAUUUGAGCGGGGAUGGAGGGGUCCUCAAGAAAAUUGUAAGGCAUGCAAAACCAGAUGCAAUUGCUCCAACCCAAGACCUUCCCCUCGUUGAUGUUCAUUAUGAAGGCAUUCUUGAGGAAACCAAUGAAGUUUUUGAUACGACACAUGAAGAUAACACGGUUUUCUCAUUUGAGCUGGGGAAGGGCAGUGUAAUCAAGGCUUGGGAUAUUGCAGUGAAAACCAUGAAGGUUGGGGAGAUUGCUAAAAUCACUUGCAAGCCAGAAUAUGCCUAUGGAAGUGCGGGUUCUCCACCAGAUAUUCCACCAGAGGCAACCCUUAUAUUUGAGGUGGAGUUGGUGGCUUGCAAUCCACGGAAGGGUUUAAGUUUGGGCAGUGCCUCAGAAGAAAGGGCCAGGCUAGAAGAACUGAAGAAGCAAAGGGAGAUGGCUGCUGCAAACAAAGAGGAAGAUAAGAAGAAGAGAGAAGAGGCGAAAGCUGCUGCUGCUGCUCGUAUUCAAGCUAAGUUAGAUGCCAAGAAGGGUGGAAAGGGAAAAGGCAAAGGAAAAUAG